AUGAUUUCCAAUUUAUCUCGUUUUUACAGCGUAGAAGGACAAAGAGAAUCAAAUAUCGAGGUCACCUUUCGCACAAGUCAUCACAAAGGAUUACUGUUAUGGACCAACAAAGGAGCAACAAUUCGUGGCGAUUAUCUGGCACUUGCAAUCACUAAAGGAUAUGCUCAACUGAGUUUUAAUCUGGGAAAGCAAACAGAGCCUCUACUCAUCACUAGUCUUCACAGAGUGGACGAUUCCAGGUGGCACACAGCAUUAAUAGAAAGAAACAUGAGGUUUGGAACGUUAACAAUGGAUGACAAUCCUCCAAUUAGUAAUACAUCUGAGCCUGGUGCCACAGAGCUGAACACGGACGGAGUAUACUGGAUAGGUGGAUGUCCAAGCCUUCCAACAGGACUGCCAGAUGAUUACUAUCAUGGAUUCAGGGGCUGCAUCGAAUCAGUGGUGCUAGAUGGUGACCCAUUGCAUCUGGUAAUGCAUGGAACAGGAGACCUUUCAUUUUGUGACGCCUCUUGAUUAUAUUCAAUGAGUGCCUUUCUGUGUACUAACAACAGGACAUCAGGACCGAUGAUCGCUCAGUGGUCUCUGUGAAAUGGUUCUUCAUCCAUUAAUGAACUAAUGAACAACGUUCUCUUCUUCGCUAGCAGGGUAACAAUAUCAGACCGUGGAUGUGGCAAGCGACAACCUAUCAGAUGAAAAGCGUCUUCGGGUACCGGAGGACAAUUUACUGCCAUUGCGCUUCAACGUGUACUUUCUUUUCAUCAUCCAUAUACAGAUAAACAAAGACACUUCUCAUCGCAGUGCGUAGUCAUUCUUCGACAAUGCCCUUGACCAUAGAAGAAGGAAAAUAGAUCAUUCAAAAUUUUUCUUACAAGCAUAAUGAAGUGACCAUUUGUAACACUGAGUUGAAGAAAGUAUAAGUUUUUUGGGGGUUUUCGUUUCAUGAUUUUUGUUCCUGAUCGCAGCCAUCAUAAUCUAUCUUCAAAGAAAUGCAGUUGAAUAUAUAAUGCCUACUAAAUUUAAAAUCUGUAGUAUAGUUUCUGUCAGAAUACUUCUGUUCUCUCAAACGUAGGAAAUUUAAGAACAUCAUUUUUUGUUAUAAUUAUGAAAGACCAUUUUUAUUGAAACAAUAAUCGAGUUUACGAUUGAAAUUUUACUAUUAAUUGAACUGAUUUAUAUUAUUAUUUAAUAAAAUACACAUUAAGUUUUUUUUUUUUUUUUUUUUUUUUUUUUUACUAAGAGGUUUAUCAUGCCACAGUAAUUACGUUAAUGGAAUGAGAUUCUGAAUUUAAUUGUUAAUAGUUAUUAAAUAUGAAACAGGUUUUUCUUAUAAACAAGACUAGAUUUCAUUACUCUGAUUCUCAACGCAUUUUAAUUUUCAUUAUCAAAUAAAGACAUUUAAUACUGUAUUAUAGAAUUACGUGAUUAAUCAAAUUGAUGUUAAUCUUAAAGCUUCAUCUCAUUUUUUCAGAAAAAUAAUUAUGCGCUCCUUUAUUGCAGGAAAUUUAAUGGAUUUGUUUUCUUACGUUAUUGAAUCAUAUAGCUUCAUAUUACUGAAUAAAACUGUUGUUUUAUCUUUAUUUAUAUAUUUUUACCUUUACGAGCAAUUGAUUUAAAAUUUCAAAAUUUAUAACAUUUUUUAUUUUUAAAUAACCCAGUUAGCAAUAAAUCCUUCCUAUUUAAAUUGCAACUUUAAUGCUAUGCUGAAAACAUGCUAUCUGCGAUAUUCUUUAUGCAUUGUGUCUUGACAUUUUCGUUAGAAAUAUAUUACAUAUUAUAGUAACGGAUUUUCAUUAUAUAGAAUAACUAUAAAUUUCUUUGCAAAUAAAUUGAAUUUAAUGCUGUUUCAAAGGUAUUAAAAUUUUUGCAAAAUUUAUUUGAAAAUAAUAGAAUUUUGGAGUCCGCCUUUAGUAUAUAUAAAACCUUUAGUAUAUAUAAAAUAUAUAGCAGUGUACGAUUUUUGAUCUGUGUUCAUGAAUUUUUAUUAAAACAGUAAUCUUCAGUCUAAAAAUUCCCAUUUUAUUCACCUAAAAUCUGAUGUCACAGAUCAAGUUAAUAUUCUCGAGUGUACAAAAAGAAUUUAGACUCUUCGAAUGCCUUUCCAUAUUACUUUAAAGUAUGAAUCAUAAUCUGCAAAAUAAAAGAUUUAAAUAGGAAACGAAAUGCCGAUGUUGCUUUACUCUUUAUAUUAUUUACUUAUUUCAAAUUUUUAAAUGCAUGUAAGUUUUCCAAAAUAUGCACAUAUCACCCGAGUUGUUACAUAUUUAAGAAAUUUAUGAGAUAUUGAAACGUUAAAUAGAGUGUAGCAUUUUCUUUCUUCCCAUUUCUCAUUUCAAAAACAUUUUGCUAAAAAUAUAGAGAAGCAAAAUGAAAAGUAAGUUAUAUAAAUUAGAUUAUAUUGGGACAAUCAUUUAAUUGAGAUAAAGAAUAGCAGUGAAUAACUGUGUUUGUGUAAAUUAGAAGCAGAAUUGCAAUUCCUUACGCUAGACGUUCUUCAGGAUCCGUUUUUCUAAUUUUCCAGAAGAAUAAAUAAUAAUUUAACAAAUAUAGAAUACAUUUUGUAGUAUCAGAUUUUCCAGUUUAGUUAAUUCUGAGUUUAGUUAAUCCAUAAGUUAAUUCUGAAUAUUAUUUUCGUUCUGUACAGUAUAUGAAAUACUACUUUCUAAGUUUAAAAUAACCUAUUUUAUCUCCGCUAGAUGGCAGCACUACAUAGAUUAUUAUUUUAAUCAAAAGUGCUGUAAAGUAAUAAGAAACAUUUAUUAUCGUUGAUUUUCAUAAAGCAUAAACAUGUAUAAUUUUUUAUUUACUGGUAUAUAUGAAUAUAUUUUGUGGCACUUAAAAUAAGUUCAAAAUUUUUAAAAGAAGUUCAAAUUUUAUAAAAAUGAGACUUAAUAAUAAAUUAUUCAAAAUAAACAAUACAUAAAAUGAUAAAAGAAUAUUUCACAAAAUCAAUUAACUGAUGUUCAUUAUUCAAGUAACACUUAAAAUGUGGGAGCAAAAUUCGUUUUAAAUUUCAUUUUACUGCAGUGCUUAUGGAGUUAUAAAAGAUUCUACGAGCAAAGAUGAUUCAAAUUAUUUUUCGUAUGUUAAACUGUUAAUCAGAAACUAAAGCAGUAUCUUAUUAUUCGUGUUGCAUUCUAUUUUUCUUAAAUGAUAUAAGUUUUAUAUGUAAUGUUAAAUAUGCAGUAUCAUAAAUACGUUAAUUUAUGAUAAUUUAUUUUGCGAAUUAUGACUUUCACAGCAUUUAAUUUUUAAUGUUUCUAAAUUAUUGAAUGUUAUUAACUCAUUUUGAAAAAAGUAAACAGAGUGCUUCCACGUUUGCAACUGCGGUAAUUCCAAAGACGCAAAUGAGUGAAUGGUGGAACAAAUUUCUCAUAAGACAAUGCUUAUUUUGCGUGAAUAUUUGUCAAUAUUCUUGAGGUGUCUGUUCUUACUAUUUACAAGUUGUGAAUUGAAUAAAUAUGUUUAUAUA